AUGGUGGUUCUGCCGCGUGGUGGCGCUGUGGAUCUCUCGUACGGAGUGGCACAGUCCUCCACCCCCUUCACCAGCCCACAGCAACCUGAUACCGGAGACGAGCGGUCCAGACAAGCCUGCAAACGAGGCGUUCCCAGCCGCCCAGCCUGUCUGUCUGUCUGCCCCAACGGAGCUCCAGAGCCCGGGGGGAAGAUCACACACCGAGACACGUACAAACUCACACCGGACUAA